CUGGCAACGCGGUUCGCACCACACUCCGCGUCCGCGCUGUACGCUCUCAUAGUCUGCAGUUUCGUUCGGUGUUUAGCGGGCGUUUGUAGUUCGUAGUCGGUCGUCGCUCGUUGAUCGUUGGUCCAAGUUGAUGUCAGUUGGUGUACGCGGACGCGCGCGGAUAUAGAGGUGGGCUGGAAAGAGUGGAAGCCGGAAAAGAAAAUUCGGAGCGGGAUGCAAUCUUUUUAAUGCGAUAUAAAAAAAAAGUGAGCGAGAAAAUAGAGAAGAACCUUGCGUCGGAAUGCUGAAUGCGUGAAAAAGAAAAGACAAGGACGAUAAGAAGGAGACGAAAAAGAUCUGGAGCCGGAAAAUGCGGUCGCGACACGUCGUAGCAGUUCUAGCCACUCUGUUGGCUAUUAUUCAAGGAGCUCCCCAAGAUCUCAGACGUCGAAACUACGAAGAGUAUCCGCGCGAGGUCUAUUUCAACGGCUCAGCGUUCCUGAAACUGAGUUCUUUUGUAUCUGUACAUCGUCACAGUGGUCUCAGCUUCCGCACGUGCGAUCCCGGUCGAUUGUUUCUGCAGAAGUAUAACGAUGAUUCCAUCAGUCUCGAGGUGACGCCCGAAGGACUACUCUUUGUGGCUGUGGUCGAUCAGCAGAGAUAUAGGGCUAGACUGAACGCCAGAUUGCUCAAUAAUAUCUGGCACAACGUCAACCUUUUUUUCAGACUUGGUAAUCUUACUUUGAAUGCUGCAGGACAUACCCAGGUGAUUGCAAAUGCGACGUAUAAUUCUGCCAUUCUGACGCUUCCUGAUUACGAUGUAAAUAGUUCACUCAUAAUCGGCGAAGGGUUCAAAGGAUGCAUUCUGCAUGGCCCCGGAAUCCUCUUCAAUAACAGCAUCAACAACGGGGCCGUUUUCGGAUCCUGUCCAUUGAAUAUCAAAGGAUGUAAGGGUGGAACGAGCGGUCUCGUGAGUGGUACGGGGGCAGCUUCCGCUACAGCCUCCACCAUGGAUUUCUGUCACCACGAACCAUGCAUGAUGCAUGGUACAUGCGUGUCGCGGCAGGAUCGUUACGAAUGCCACUGUUACGCCCGAUACUCCGGCAACAACUGCCAGAUCGACAAUGGUCCACCUUGUGAGAGCAAACCCUGCCACAAUGGCGGCAUUUGCAUCGAAGACGAGAAUGGCAAUUUUGUCUGCAAUUGUAAGCCCGGGUUUACUGGUAGUCUUUGCGAAUCUCAGCUGGGAGUGCGACUAUGUGAGCAGAAUCCAUGUAGAAACGAUGGCAUUUGCAUAUCGUUGACAGAUAGCGAGUACAAAUGUAAAUGUCAAGUUGGUUGGACUGGGAAAAAUUGUGAAACUAAUAUUAACGAAUGCGCCUCGAACCCAUGUAAGAACGGUGGCAUCUGUAUCGACGGGAUCAAUAAUUAUACCUGCAGAUGCGACAGGACUGGCUAUGAGGGUAUCAAUUGCGAGGAGGACAUCGACGAAUGUCAAGCAAACCCAUGCCUAAACAACGGCGUGUGUUUCGACUAUUACGGCAGCUACAUUUGCAAUUGUCCGGAAGGCUUUGAGGGUCAAAAUUGUGAGCUCAAUUUAAACGAAUGUUUAUCCGGACCAUGUGACAAUGGUGGUGAAUGCAUCGAUGAUGUUGGCACUUAUCACUGCGAAUGUCUCCCGGGAUUCACAGGCCGCCACUGCGAAUUGAAAGGUCUCUGCGAAAAUGCAGCUUGUCCACCUAACAGCAUCUGCGUGGAAGAUGCUCAUGGGCCCCAGUGCGUCUGCAAUCCCGGUUUUAUGGGUAACCCGCCCAACUGCACCGUCAAUUAUUGUGCCAGCAAUCCCUGCGCUAACGGUGGUACAUGCACCAGUAGCAGGGAUGGUUUUAACUGCACUUGUUCAUCUGAAUGGAGAGGAAAGAACUGUCAAUUCAACGUAGAUGAGUGCCUGUCACAGCCAUGCCAAAACGGUGGUAUUUGCAUCGACCGCGUCAAUGGAUAUACAUGUAACUGCACUAAAGAUUUUAUUGGUGAUAAUUGCGAGCGGGAAUUUGAUGCAUGCGCUGUAAACCCCUGUCAAAACAACGGUACUUGUACACUGUUAUUGAGAUCGAAGAGGGAUUUUGUUUGCGAGUGUCCACAUGGCUUUGAGGGCAAGGUAUGCGACGUGAACAUCGAUGAUUGCGUAGGCGCAGUAUGCCCCGAUGAUAAAAUCUGCAUCGACGGUAUUGCAGCUUACGAAUGUAAAUGUCGCGAAGGCUAUAGAGAUCCUAAUUGUACGCUAAUAAUAGACCACUGUGCCGCGAAACCGUGUAACAAUGGCACAUGCAUCGACCUCGGCGAGCGCGGCUUUGAGUGCAAAUGUACAAAUGGUUUUCAAGGUAUGUAUUGUGAGCUUGAUGUGAACGAAUGCGAUUUACACGGUAAUUCUCUGUGCAACAACGGCAUUUGUGUCAACACUGAGGGUAGUUAUAACUGUUUCUGUCGGCCGGGCUUUUCCGGCGAUCACUGUGACAUCAACAUCGAUGAAUGCCUCUGUGGCCCAUGCAAGAAUAAUGCCACGUGCCUUGACGGCAUCAAUACGUUUCAAUGUUUGUGCCAGCCUGGUUACACCGGCAAAACUUGUGAAGUGGAUGUGAAUGAGUGCGAUAGCAACCCAUGUUUAAACGGAGCACGGUGCAUAAACGGUGUAGCGUCGUACAAGUGCGUAUGCCCGGCGGGUUUUCUCGGUGCAAAUUGUGAAAUUGAUGUUGACGAAUGUAAAUCGUCGCCCUGCAUGAAUUUGGGAACAUGCAUCGAUGGCGUAAACAGUUACACUUGCGAUUGCAGCGAUACCGGUUUCGAGGGUCCGCGUUGCGAAGAGAAUAUCAACGAAUGUCUCUCGCAACCAUGUGUAAAUGGCGGUCACUGCCUCGACGACAUUAAGAAUUACAAAUGUCAAUGCUACGUUGGUUACACUGGUAGGAACUGCGAAGUGGACGUGAACGAGUGCGAGAGCUCACCUUGUCAAUAUAAUGGCACUUGCCUUGAACGGUCAAACAGGGAGCUUUACAAAAGCGAAGUUCUAAACUUACCCGCAAUUUUCAAUCAGGAGUUUAGUUAUAUCAACGCCAGCGGGUACGAGUGCCUUUGUGUACAAGGUGUCACUGGUAAAAAUUGUGAGAUAAACAUUAAUGAGUGCGAUAGCAAUCCCUGCGGCCCGGGCACCUGCAUGGAUCGCAUCGGCGGCUACACCUGCGAAUGCGACGAAGGCUUCGAGGGAGAUCAUUGCCAAUACGAGAUUGAUGAAUGCAAAAGGUACAACCCCUGCGAGCAUGGAAUGUGCACCGAUGGCAGAGCCGACUAUUUUUGUACUUGCGAACCGGAAUAUGGUGGUAAAAACUGUUCGGUGAAGCUAAUUGGUUGUCAAGGCAAUGCCUGUCAAAACGGUGGUACUUGCUGGCCUUAUCUUAUCGACGAAACUAUUCACAAGUUUAAUUGUACCUGCCCCAACGGUUAUCACGGCGAAGUCUGCGAUUAUGUGACGACAAUGUCUCUGAGUGGCAGCUCUUAUGUCUUGGUGAACACCACACGCGAUGAAGGUUAUGAUAUCCAGUUUCGCUUUAGAACCACUUUGCCAAACGGUCUUCUAGCAAUUGGCAGAGGCGUGACCAUUUAUAUUCUUCAAUUGGUAAACGGCAAGCUCAACAUACACUCCAGCAUACUGAACAAAUGGGACGGGGUCUUCGUAGGUAGCGGACUCAAUGAUUCCAACUGGCAAAAAGCCUUCGUGGCAAUCAACGCGACUCAUCUCGUUCUUUCGGCCAACGAAGAACAAACUAUCUAUCCCAUCAGUCCUAAUGAAGGUUCCAACUCGUCAAACCAUACGUCUUUCCCAACAACUUUCGUGGGUGGUAGCCACAUCAGCUCUCUCAGCUUUUUAAGAAGAUUGUCUCGCUUACCUUCAUUCACUUUCUUCGUUGGCUGCAUGGAGGAUGUUGUCAUCAAUGGCGAAUGGGUUUACUCUGGUACGACAUCGAAAACCGUAUACAUGGAAGAUGUGGAACCAGGCUGUCCCCGUGAAGCUCAAUGCUCGCCGAACCCCUGCAAGAAUGGCGGCCAUUGCACUGAUCGUUGGCGUGAUUUUUACUGCAAAUGCGAGCGUCCUUAUCUCGGUCACACUUGUCAGUAUAACAUGACCGCCGCUACGUUUGGCUACGAGAACAUCACGAAUGGAUAUGUCACUGUGAAGGUCAGCGAUACGGCCAGACGGACUGUUAGCUCGGUCGUCGAUAUUUCCAUGUUCAUUCGCACACGAGAGAGCCGUGGUGAUAUCUUCUACCUAGGCACGGAGCCGGAUCUUCAGGAUGAUCAAAAACCUCAAGAGAGGACCUACAUAGCGGCGCAGCUGGUGGAAGGCGGAGAAUUGCUUGUGAGGAUUCAAUUCAAUGGCACAGAGGCUUAUACCGUCGGUGGCGUAAAGCUCAAUGACGGAAACAAUCAUCUGAUCCAAGUAGCGAGGAACGUCACUCUCGUCCAGGUAAAGAUCAACGGUACUGAGUAUUUCCGCAAGACCAUCAGCGCCACAGGAGAUUUGAAUGUGACUGUUCUCUAUCUGGGAGGAUUACCACAGACGUCACGGUAUAUUCGCCAAGUCGACAAUAGGCCGAUGGAAGAUCAGCGACUUAACUUCAAGGGAAUUAUCCAGGAUGUGCAGAUAUCGAAUGGUUCAAAAACGAUGGUCGUGGAAUUCUUUCCAUUAAAGGCACAUGACAUUCCUACGCUCGUUCAAUUCGGCAAUGUUUCCUUUGACCAUGAGAAGAUCCUCGAGGGUGUAGUAUCGGACAAUGUAUGCAUAAGCAGCCCAUGCAACCACAACGGUUCGUGUCACGUGACAUGGAAUGAUUUUUGGUGUCAAUGUCCGCGCGGUUACACCGGCAAAACUUGUCAGGAGAUGGAGUUUUGCCAACUGCAGGACUGUCCUGCGGGUUCGCGCUGUCAGAAUCUUGACGACGGUUACGAGUGCAUUGCUAACGCGACAUUCGACGGAAUCUCCACUGUUUUCACGUAUGUAUACGGACGGGCCAAUGAGAUUACGGACGCUAAUGACUUUGUUCUCGAUACUAUCGAGAUUACUUAUCGAUCCAAUACCGGCGGCACGCUAUUUCAUAUGGCGCCCCAGGUGGGCGACCAACACUUCACCGUGUCCGUCUUCAAGGAUAAUGUCUCCGUGUCCUGGCGACUCGAUCUGGAGAACCAGGAUAUUGUUUUCUUCGGCAAGAGUCAACCUGAUGGAAAUUGGACCUCAUUGCUUAUUAGAUUGAACAAUAAUUCCUUAGAAUGUGGUUACGUCAAUCCUACUGAAGAACAAUUUCGCAUGAGUCCCAACUUUAAUUUCCAACUGUGGUACGAUCUCCUAGUGACUGGAACAAUCACCCUGGGUGGGCUUUCCAGUGUCUUGUCCGAUGUGCAUACUUAUAUUGGAGUCAAACAUGAAAGAAGAAAUAGCAUCGAGGGCAAUAAUGUGGAUUAUAAUGAACAUAAGCUCACAACAGCUAUGCCGUCGCAUAGUAUGAUGUCCGGGGAACCGUUUAAAGGCUGUCUGGGCGAAGUCCGGAUCGGCAACAUACUGCUGCAUUAUUUUACGUAUGAAGCGGUAUAUCAGAAUGCAAACUUCACGCCGCUAGAGUUCUUGGCGUUGCAGGAUAAUGGCAAUGCCACUCAUCGCGAUAGUGUCGGCUGCCAGCUAUGCUUUGAUACGGAUUGUAAGAACGAUGGCUAUUGCCUUGAUAAGGCUAACAGUUAUGUGUGCGAGUGUCCAGCCGGUUAUACCAAAGAUGAUUGUUCCUUCAAUAUUGACGAAUGCAAUGGCAAUAAAUGUCAGAACGAUGCAAAGUGCAUCGACGGUAUUGCCAAUUACACCUGCGUGUGUGAAAAUGGCUGGCAGGGAUGGCUAUGCGACAGUGACAUCAAUGAAUGCGUGACGCAGAGUCCGUGCCAACAUGAUGGUGUCUGCGUGAAUCUGCCGGGUCACUAUAGAUGCGAAUGCCCAGACCAAUUUACCGGCGAUCUAUGCGAGAGCUUUCGACUCAUCACUUGUGAAAACGAACCAUGCAAGAACGGUGCUACUUGUGUAGACACACCGAAUAUGAAGACGAGCGACAAUUUUACCUGUAAUUGCAUGCCCGGUUACGACGGCCCAACUUGCGAUACGCCUUACUGCGUUCGCAGGAAAUGCCAGAAUGGCGGAAGAUGCGAUUUUUUAUAUCAGACGCCGAAAUGUAUAUGCACUCUCGGUUACUCCGGCAUGUACUGCGAGACCAACAUCGACGAUUGCGCACCUGAUCCUGAGGGCAACGUGCCUUGCAAAAACGACGGCAAAUGUUACGACGGAGUGAAUAGCUUUACGUGCGACUGCCAAGGCACCGGGUACACAGGUCCCGAUUGCUCCAUUGACGUGGACGAGUGUCAAAUCCCGGAGAUCAAUUGCGGACACGGUAAAUGCGAGAAUCUACCCGGUACCUAUCAGUGCAUCUGUGAUCCCGGCUAUUGCGGAUACAAUAAUUGCGAUAUGGUGGAUCCCUGCCAGGAGGAUUAUUGCCAGAAUGGUGGUACGUGUAUGUGUGCUGACUAUGGCGGAUACAAAUGCCAUUGCACUUUUGAAUACACGGGACAAAAUUGUACAGAGCAAAAUACUAUAACCAACAACUUGGGUAGCCAAGUCUUCAAUAUAGCGGUGAUUGUGGGUCCGAUCGUGGGUUGUCUUCUUCUCAUCGCUAUCGGCUCUCUUGUUGCGUUUUUUAUGAUGGCGAGAAAGAAGCGUGCAACACGUGGCACGUACAGUCCCAGUGCUCAAGAAUUCAGCAAUCCGCGAGUGGAAAUGGAUAAUGUUAUGAAGCCUCCACCAGAAGAAAGAUUAAUCUAAUCAAAGACACAUAAUUGAUUUAAUUAAAGCAAUACAGAUAAACCUCGAUAUGUGAAAGCUGCUUUUUUCAAAACAGCAGAUUUUAUAUGCGCAAACAAAUAGUGAGGAUAAAAUUAUACUUUUGUAUUAAAAUUUUUUUCUGAAAUGGAGACAAGGCGAGAUUCUUCUAACAUUAAAUUUAUUACCCAAUGUAUUAAAGUCACGUUUGUAUUUACGAUAUCAUAUUCAAAUUAUAUAUUCAAAAUAUUCAAAUUAUGAAAAUUUAUAUCUAUCAAGAACGUUGAAAUUAACAAUUAAUUUCAUUGAUUAAGUGUUUUAUAUAUCGAGGAAUGUAUUUGUAUAGCCUAGUCUUCCGAAAACACGAUUGUUUGAAGUUUCUCGAUUUAAAGAAUGCAGAUUACUCGAUGAAUGACCGUAAGUUAAAACGAUUACUCAUCGCGUCUUCUAGUCUCCUCGUUAUUUUAUUAUAACAAAAAGAUAUAAAAGAAUUAGAAAAAAUUUUCUAUAAUAUUAAAUCUCAAACUACUUUGAGAUUAGUUCAAAAAUUUCUGUGAAAUCCUUUUAAUUCGUUAGUUAUACGAUAAUUAUAUAAGCUAAAGGAUUUUAAAAUUAAUAAAAUAAAUAUGCAUAACAGCUUAUAUUAUUUUACUGAUCAUUUUAAUUUUGAGAUAUAUUUUUGCGAGGUAGAAUUUUGAGCGAAAUGUAAUGUCAGUCAAAUGUAGAUUGAUAAGUAGAGAAAAGUGAUUUAAAAUGAUAUAUAUCUCAGAAUAACUAAAAAUGCCUGACACUUUCUUUUUCAUAAGCAUUUAUAUCAAUCAUCUAAAUACAAUGUAUCUCAAAUAUAUGAUUGAUGUAAUGUUUUGCAUAUUUAUCAAUAAUUAAUUUAAUAAUAAACAUUCUCGCAAAAUAUUUCUCGAUGGCAUUUUGCCGUUAAAAAGAAAUGAUCAUUGAUAAAAUUUUGCGAAUAGGUUUCGGAAAUUCCGCAUUAGAAAGAAAUAAAAGCAUUGUGUUGCUUCAAGUUUCCUGAAUAUCAUAAAGAAUGCUCCAGAGAAAGAUACAUGUGCAACGUAUUUUUUAAAUAAUUUGUGUUUCGGAAAUAAUUAUUGAAAUGAGAAUUUAUUUAAUUGGAUCUGUGGGACCAAUAAUAACGCAAUUAGAAAAAUUGAAGAUUUAUAAAUCCAAAAAUUCUAGAAAAUAAGCUCGAAAAACUUUGUAUCUAAAAGAUACAUGAAUUUUAAAAUUUAUGGAUACUAAAAAUAAGGGAUUUAAGGAGAAAGAAAAAAUUCAAAGAUCCAAUGAAUUGCUCUCAUAAAAGGAUUUCAUAGAAUAGCAGUAAAACGAUUUACGCCUCUUCCCCUUCUCUCUCUCUCUCUCCUCUCCUCUCUCUCUCUCUCUCUCUCUCUCUCUCUCUCUCUCUCUGACACAUUCUGUAAAUGAUAAAAUAGAUCGCGUAAAAUAGGUCACAUAGUUUGUAACAAAGUGUACUUAAAGCUCUCAAAAGUGUCCUUAAGAUGUUAAGCAAUACUCGAAGGAGGCAAAUCCUAGCAAACAACCCGUCCAUUUUAGUGCCUAAUUUUUCUUAAAGAGAUGUUAUUUAUAAGCGAUGCAUGCAAUAUUGAUAGAAUAAGAAAGAAUAAAAGGAGCAAACUGAACAACAUUCCAAAAAAUGGUACAAGGAAAAUAUAUGGAAGAUCUCCGAGAAUGCAUAAAGAUUCUUAUGUUUGCGAAAGAAUAAGCGAAUUAGAGGAAAUUUGUAGGAAUUCGUUUUAUCAGUCUAAAUUUUUAAUCCUGAAAAUCCCAAAGAUUAAUUUUACAAAAUUAUGUAUUUCUUUAAUUGUAUUGUUUUCUUAUUUCAUCCAUUCUUGUUCUUGCUAUUUUCAAACUGUUUCAAACUUAUUCCUUUUUAUUUAUUACACACACAUCCCAUUUUUUUUAAAUUUAAUUAAAUUUUGUUUCCCUCUAGAGUUCAAUGUUAAUUAAAUUUGUAAUAAUAUUUCUUUUAAUUUAGCUUUAAUAAGAUUUUGUCUCUUAGAAACCAUAACAUAUAAUCUUUUUUAUCUUUUUAUCCUAGUUUAUUUCUAAUAGUCUUCACUUUUCAUUCUUUUAUUAAAUUUUAUCUUCUAAUUUAAUUUUAAUCCGUCUUCUUUCUUAUUUUUAAAUCAAUUUUUUAAAUUAAAUCAUGUGUAACGGAAUUUCUUUUAAUUUGCAUAUCUUUCUUUCUAUGCGUGAAUUAUAUAUAAUAUACUAUGUCAUAGAUAUCGUUAAGCGGCGACAUGUAUUUCGACUUACUGUGAACAGAUGAUGAUUUUGUCGUCGAGCGUUUCCGCGAUGCGAGCAAAUUAAAAAAAAAAGAACUUCAAGCGUUCGCAUAAGACUGUCGUUAUUAUCGCAUCUGUUAAUUUUGUACAUAGACUAGCUUAUAAACAUAGAAGAUUAUUAAGGAUUUUAUCAUAUUUAGAAUUUUUGUAUGGCUAUUUUAGUAUUAUUUAAUGAUAACGAAUGGUACUUAAUCAAUCGGUACGUAAUUAUAUUACCACGACCAAAGUAGAGCGGCGAAGUGAUUUUAAGAAUUAUAAGAAUUUAUUCUAUAAAACGCAAUGUUUUUUGUAAGCAUAUCUGAUUCAUCUUUUUAAAGCGUUUGUUCAAGACUGAAUUUUUAACAUGAAAUAAAAAAAAAAAAAUGAAGAGGCCUAAGUAUAUUCCACAAAAAUAGAUCAAAUUAAUCCAUUUUUUGUAAUUUUAUUACUUUAUUAUGCUAAAAUAUGUUUAAAAAUUGGCCGAAUAUAUGUGUAAUUUAGGAACAUUAAUAUCUUUCUCUCACUUAUGUAAAGUUUUUCAUAAAAAUAUAAUUUAUUUCAUAAAAUAUAUGUACCCAGAUUCUCUCUAUCUUUCUUGGCAAAAGAGAUGAGGGAAAUAAAUAUGUAAAUUCAAACAUGAGCAUUUUCUUUAAUGUGAUCAUGACAAAUCGAAAUACAAGGAGAUUCUGACAGAACAUAUUACAUAAAGAUAUAAGGCGAUUCCGAGCGGAUAAUUAAAUGUACAAAAUCAAUAAAUGCAUACAUAAUUUAACAAACAA